CCUCGUUCGCUGCUCCUGGAGGCAGCAAGCGGAGGGACCUCCUCGCACCCCUGAGCUGUCCCAGCCCCUCGCACCUGUCCCACGGCCAAGCCGGGCUCCGUGGAAAGCUGCACCGUGGCUGGGCAGGCAGUCCUGGCCGAGCGGGAUGAAGCUGCUGGUUUCCAUCGCCUUCCUGGCCGCGCUUGCGCUGGCACAGGGACACCCCGACCCCGCGCUGGACUGGCACUGGCAGCUCUGGAAGAAAACCUACGGCAAGGAGUACCGCCACGAGAAAGAGGAAGGGGACCGGCGAGCGACGUGGGAGAGGAACCUGCGGCUGGUGACGCUGCAUAAUCUGGAGCAUUCCCUGGGGUUGCACUCCUACGAGCUGGCCAUGAACCACCUGGGAGACAUGACCAGCGAGGAGGUGGCGGCUUUGUUAACUGGGCUGAACGUCGCCCCUCGGCCAAACCGGACCUCCACGUACCGACCGCAGCUUGGCAGCAAAGUCCCCGACACCAUGGACUGGAGGGAGAAGGGAUGCGUCACGGAUGUGAAGAACCAGGGCGCCUGCGGGUCGUGCUGGGCGUUCAGUGCCGUGGGAGCCCUGGAAGCCCAGGUGAAGCUGAAGACGGGGAAGCUGGUGUCUCUGAGCGCCCAGAACCUCGUUGACUGCUCCAGGAGCUACGGGAACAGAGGCUGCAGUGGCGGAUGGAGAACCAAAGCUUUCCAGUACAUCAUUGACAACCAAGGGAUUGACUCGGAUGCGUCCUACCCCUACACGGCUCAGGACGGUGCGUGCCACUACAACCUGACGGUGCGGGCGGCCACGUGUUCCAGGUACGUCGAGCUGCCGCACGGCGAUGAAGCCGCGCUGAAGGAUGCCGUUGCCAAUGUGGGACCCAUCUCCGUCGGCAUUGAUGCCAGUCAGCCCACCUUCUUCUUGUACAAAGCUGGUAUCUACUAUGACCUGAGCUGCUCUCAGGUGGUGAAUCAUGCCGUGCUCGUCAUCGGCUACGGCUCUUUGGAUGGGGUGGACUACUGGCUCGUGAAAAACAGUUGGGGUGCGCAUUUUGGCGACCAGGGCUACAUCCGGAUGGCGAGGAACCGUGGAAAUCACUGCGGGAUCGCCAGCUACGGUGUUUACCCCCAGAUCUAGAGGGCUCCCCGCUUCAGGACGAGCUCUUGAGACGCCACCACUCACCCUGCUGAUCUCAAGUGUGCCUGGCUCUGCUCCAACCUUCCCUCCUUGAGGAAUCCCGUUGCAUUUCUACAGAUAAGCUCGUUCAAGCGCCUCAUCGAGUACGGCCACCUCAUCCGCGCUCCUCAGGAACUUAUCCAUUAAUAAAGGAUGUUCUGUUGGGAAUUAUUUCAAUUAUUUAGGUGGAGGGCUCUCUGUUGUCAUUGCCAACUCUUGCAAUCUCCAGCAGCUUUUUAGAAAAUGACUCAGCUGCACCUUCAAAGCUCUUGAGACACUGUUUUGCUUCCUCCUCUUCUCUUAGAAGAUGGUUUCUUGCAACCAUUUUAUGUCCCGUGGUGAGAAAUGCGCCCUCCUGCCUGGCUGUCCUUCGCGCAGACCCGGAGGAUGCCCUGAGCGGAGGCUGGAGUGUGAUUUCCAGGCAGCUGGAGACUUUGCUUGACCGUGUUUUCAGCCUGACUGCAAUGUAAUGUGUAUUAGGCGUAUCUCCUGCUGUCCGUGCAGCACUGAGGCUGGCCAGCUCAGCUCCAUCCCAUGACUGUGUUGAAACCAUGUCUUCCCAACUGUGCUACCCCACCGAAAAGUGAAUAAAUGUGAUUUCUUUUCU